AUGCCACCUGUGGAGGCCUUUGGGCAACGCUUCGCUGCGAGCAUGAACAAUGCAUCUUUCCAGUUCCCCACCAAGUUGUCAAUGUUACAAGCUUUUUUCAACAACGUUGAUGGAAUCUACACCACUGAUUUUCCUGAUCAACCACCAUUGAUAUUUGACUACACUAAUGCAAAUAACAGCUUAAAUCAAUCCCUUUUGAUAACAACAAAGUCAACAAAAGUGAAGAAAGUCAAGUUUAAUGCAACGGUUGAGAUGGUGAUGCAGAACACAGCUUUGAUUGGUGUGGAAAAUCACCCUAUACACUUGCAUGGAUUCAACUUCUAUGUGUUGGCUCAAGGGUUUGGCAACUUCGAUCCUGUGAACGAUCCGAAAAAGUUUAAUUUUGACAAUCCACAAAAACGUAACACGAUUGCUGUACCAAUUGGGGGGUGGGCUGUCAUUAGAUUCCGGGCUAACAAUCCAGGUGUAUGGUUGAUGCACUGUCACUUUGACGUGCACUUGCCAUGGGGCCUGGCCACCGCUUUCGUCGUUGAGAAUGGAGGAACACCGUCAUCCACCCUGCCUCCGCCUCCCCUUGAUCUACCUCAUUGCUAG